CCCGGCCCGCGUCUAAUUUGCAGCUACACAAGGAAUACGGAGGUAUAUAUAGACAGUGGCCUGGUUGGGUACCUUUUAUACUAUUGGCUAAAGCUGAAUACGCGGAGGUGUUUUUUACCUCGAAAAACUUGGAGACAAAAUCCUUCUUAUACGAUGUAUUUCAUGAUUGGUUGGGUCAGGGACUUCUCACUAGUUCAGGUCACUUAUGGCAACAACGAAGGAAACUGAUUACCCCUGCGUUUCAUUUCUCCGUUUUAAAUGGAUUAUGUGACACUCUAGUGGAAAAAGGGAUCAAAACAGUUGAAUUGUUACGAAGCCAACCCACAGAUUCUCCAGUGGAUGUCUAUGAAUUCAUGUACUUGGUUGCCCUCGAUAGUAUCUGUGAAGCUGCUAUGGGAAUCAAAAUCAAUGCAAUGACCGAUCCAAAACUGGAUUACAUCCGAGCUCUUACGGAUAAUACAAAAAUUUCAAUCGAACGAACGUUUAAACCGUGGCUAAAUCAUCGUUUCUUUUAUAUCACACCAAUGGGUCGUAGACUGGCCAGAAAUUUGGAAACAAUUUUUCAAUUGUCAAAAAUGGCAAUCAACCACAGCAAAAUGACGAGAAAACCUAAAAGGAAAGAAAACGAAGACACUGAAUUCGAUGAAAUUAAAGGGAAAAAGAAACUUGCGUUUCUAGAUCUUCUUUUAGAGGCUCACGACUCAACCACAGCUUUUAUCACGGAUGAGGGUCUGCAAGAUGAAGUGAAUACGUUUAUGUUUGCCGGACAUGAGACUACGGCCUCAUCGAUGAGUUUCACGCUGCAUAUUUUAAGUAUUCAUCCAGAAAUUCAGGAAAAAUGUUUCCGAGAGCUGGAUGAUAUUUUUCAAGGAUCAGACAGGAAGCCCACAGUAGACGACCUUCGGGACAUGAAAUACUUGGAGCAAGUCAUCAAAGAAAGUCUGCGUUUGUUCCCGAGUGCGCCUCAAAUUGGUCGAAGAGUUUCGGCGGACACGCAAUUCGGUAAAUACAUCGCUCCGGCCGGAUCAAAUUUAACGUUGUCCAUCUACGCGCUGCAUCGGGAUCCCGAGCAAUUUCCGGAUCCGGAAAAAUUCGAUCCGGAAAGAUUCAGCCGCGAAAAUGCCAGCAUCCGACAUCCGUUCGCUUAUGUUCCAUUCGCAGCUGGAGCCAGAAAUUGUUUAGGACAAAAAUUUGCGAUGAUGGAAGAAAAGGUGAUCUUGUCCUACAUUAUACGGCAUUUCAUUAUUGAGGCUGUGACACAAAAAGACGACGUAAAGGUAUUAUUUUCAGCUAUCUUGCGGUCAAAAGAAAGCAUAAAUGUUAUAUUCAAACAAAGAAAUGAUCUUAAUCCUCAAUGAAUUACUUUUAUAACAUCUGAUUAAACAAGUUUAGUUCAAGUAAACAAACGCACCUUCAUUCUUGUA